AUGGUUAGGUGCAAGUCAGUCUGUUCAUCAGUGGCGUGUUUUGUGUGUCUCUUCACAGUGGAGAAGUACAAAAACUGGCAGCUUCCAGUAACAGUGAUAAAGCCGUGGACCCUCUGGUUAACCUCGACAGUUUCUCCAGAUUUCAAAGCAGGAGUUACAGCUUUGUCAAACAUCCUCAAGAUACAGCGGCAUGACGACUACCUGGUUAUGCUUAAGGCCCUUCGUAUUCUGAUCCAAGAGAGACUUUCUCCAGAAGCCAUCGCUAAAGUCAGCAACAAUAGAGAGGUAAACUGAAAACAUCCAUCCAUCCAUUUUCUUCCGCUUAUCCGGGACCGGGUCGCAGGGGCAGCAGCCUA